AUGUCGUGCCCUGAUUGCUUUAGUGGCUAUAUCCACCAAGGCACCCCUCGUGGUGAAGUAACCUCACUCCAUGGCUUACCGGUGUAUACCACCAAACCUCUAAACGAUGCACCUUACCGGGGCAUUCUCAUCGUAGUGCCCGACGCCUUCGGCUGGGAGUUUGUAAACAACCGAAUCGUGGCCGACAACUACGCCGAAAAGGGAAAAUACCUCGUGUAUCUUCCUGAAUUCAUGAACGGGCAUGCGGCACCGACCGAUAUGAUAGCCUCCUCAAAACAGUUGUUUGGGGCGGGCGGGCUUACAGGCUGGCUUGUGAAGCCAUACUAUCUAGUCACAAUGCUGUCAAGAAUGCUGCCCUUCGUGUACCACAAUAAGUACGCGGUAUCAGGGCCUGUCGUCAGGGACUUCUUCAAGUCCGUACGUGAGAACGAAGGCGCCGAGCUUCCCGUCUAUGGAGCUGGUUUCUGCUGGGGCGGAAUGCAUAUCGUCAAUCUAGCCGCCGGAGCGGACGUCGCCUCAAAUGGAAAGCCGCUGCUUGAUGCCGGGUUUACGGGCCAUCCGAGUUUCCUUGAGAUCCCUACCGAUAUUGAGAGGAUCAAGAUCCCUGUUAGUUUUGCGCUUGGGAGCCUAGAUAUGGUUGUGAAGCCUCCUCAAAUCGAGCAGAUAAAGCAAGUCUUCGCCAGCGAGGCCGGAGCUAAGAAUGGCGAAGUUGUGGUUUAUGAGGGCGCCGGCCAUGGCUUCUGUGUCCGGGGUGACUUUGUUCAGGAGGAUGCGAGCAAACAGGCUGAUGAGGCGGAGAAUCAGGCACUGGCCUGGUUUGCAAAGCAUUAA